CAUGCUGAUGCUUGUUUAUUGCCAGCCUCAAGGCAUUAAACGACUAAACGAAGGAACAGAAUGGCAAACAGUUGUGUCGUUAAAUAAACUGGCUAUUAAGUGUUUAAAAUACUUCUAUUAUGAGGACAUUUGAAUAAACUGCGCAGAUAAGUAGAGCUUCUUGAAAAUAAAAGAUUUCCUGUGUAUAUUUCUGGAAGUCGUAAUUGUCUUUCAGAAUGAAUUCUGCAUGUCGUUUCGUAAGGAUAUUUUCAUGAACUGAAGACAUUUCAAAUGAAAUAUGAAAAUAUCAAAUACGAAUACAAAAAUGCAUUUUCUUUUAUCAAUAUAAAGUUUUGCUAGUGAAUGGAAUCUUUGUGUCAAUUACUCAGUGUGUCGCAGAUACUUGUGUCCCUAAGGAACGAAGCCUUGAGCGCCGGUGUCUUUAAUCAAAUCAAUAAUGAUGAUAUGAAGGACAAAUUCAGUGCCAAUUUGCUGAUAUGAAUUGACAGGUUUUAAUUUAUUUAUUAAAGAUUAAUGAGAAAAAACAACAUAUCUGGGUUGCUGGUUUUCACCCGUUGAUUAUAUUUGGUAUUAAUGUGAUUGUUGUUAUACAACGAACCCAAACAGCCGCACCAACAACUGGUUUUCAAACUGUAUUUAUCUUGACAAACUGCGAGCAGUAGAAUAAAGUAAAAAGUUUUAUCUAAAAACAAUACCAAACAAGAAACUAACUGAUAGUUAUAAAGGACAGUAUGGAGCGACGUUUGACCGCGCCUACGAGGACAAGGUCAAUGUCAAUUCGGCCAAGGUCAGAUUCCAUCCCGGACAUGGGCAGUCAAACUAAAUUGAACGAGUACAGCCAGGACCCGGUGAUGGGCGAGUACCUGUGUAUAGGUGACUACAUCUGCCUGUACUGUGAGGAAACCGAGGGCUACGUUUACAGUGAACAGUCGAGUGCGACUGACAAUGGCCUAUGCAUCUAUUCAAACCAGGACAGAAACCGACCAACCAACAUUCCUAAUCAACACGUUGUUGUGUUCCAAGUGUGCAUCCAGAACCGCUACAAGCUCAACAAAAAGUACCGGAAGUGGCUGCAGACGCUGGCAAAUGACGGAACGGAGCCCAACAUCAAGUCCUUGCUGGCUCAGUCCAAGGCAGCGGCCAACGCGGAAUAUAACGACAACGAGCUAGAACAGAAGAGGCAGCACGGCAAACGUGUCCGAUAUGGCGAGAUUGUGCAGUUGAAGCACGUGUUCACGGGGAAGUUUGUGCACAUGAGCACAACCCAGACCAGCCAGAUUGACAAGAACUACAUGAAGGUAUCGCUGCACGACUUCAAUGCCAAAAAUGCGCAAUUCCGUAUUCUACCGCGCUAUAAAGUCAAGUCGGAGGGUGAAGUGGUUCAACUAUACGAUCAAAUCGUAUUUGAGAGUGUCAAGUCGCCCGGUCAUUACUUUCACGCCAGCGAGUCGCACCAGAUAGACUACAAGUCGUACGGGUCUGAGUUGAACCUUGGCGUUGAGCGGUCCAGUUUUACGCUGAUCGGCAGUUUCCGGGAGACACUGGAACAGGAACGCUUUGUCAGGGGUGGCUCAGUGAUCCGACUGUUCCAUAAGGAACUCGAAGCGUACCUGGUGGCUGAGGGGCUGUUUGACGAAGGUGUAACAGAGGAUGUACACUUCCGUAUCCGUGUGAUCGACCAGCAUCGACCAAAAUCGCUCUCCCCCUCCACUUCCGGUAUAACGUAUUGGCAGAUCGAGGCGGAGCACAGCAUACUCGAUGGGGACGUAUUGCGAUGGGAACAACAGAUCCGGCUCCGUCACAUGCUCACUCGCCAGUACCUGUGUAUAGACUCGCACAGUGCCGUGUCCCUUGUCACCGACCCCGCUGAUCCAAGGACCGUCUUCAGGCUGCAUUCCGUACUCAAGGAGCAGGAUGAGAUCCAGUAUGAGAGCUACGCCAGGAUUGAACACGUCCUCACCGGAUGUUGGCUUCACGCGCUCAAAGAUGAAGACUACGAGAAGCGAGAGUUCAGGGCUUCGGACAACGAGGAGAUGUCAAUGUAUGGGCUGCGCUGGGACGGUGCAUCUACUAGAAAGGUAUCGGCUAGCGGGGAGAGCAUGUAUGAUGACGCGUACACACUACAGAUGGUGGAAAGGAUGGACGUGAUGAAUCUGAACUUUGUGGCCGGGAUGGUGCCCUUCCUCUUCAACCUCAUACAGGACUUUCAGAACAAUAUCCCACUUACGGCGAAAAAGACCCAUGGAAUAAUUGCGGCCCUUCGAGAACUGAAAUUCUUCAUGACUGUGGAAAACCAGCCCGAUAAAGACAGACAAAAGUUGAUGAGGAACCUCAGGGUGAUUGACUUACUGGUGAAGCUGCUGCAGUGUCAACUGAAGGAGGGCGACGAGGAGACGCACAUGAUCCGUAUCUUCAAGGAGGCAUACGACGUCCUGCACGCCUACAUGAUCGGCAAAAGCCGCAAGAAUGCCCUCUACUUCGCCAAGUACAUAGACUUCUUCCAGACGCAGUUUACACAGAAGGGUGGUAUCGGGUUGAACGUGGCCCAGAUGAUUGUAGAGUUGAUCCGGGACAAGCGGAGAAUCGUGGACAGAAUCACGAGGAACCACUUGGACAUAUAUAUAGACCUUCUGAGGAGACACCAGAAUUACCGGUUUCUGGACCUCUUACAAGUGCUGUGUGUGUGUGACGGUGUGGCCAUCCCGAACAAUCAGACGUAUAUCACAGAGAAAUGGCUUAGAUCAUACAAGGAUAGCGUGUUCCUCACAGACCGUGGCCAGAACAUCAACAAGAGGCCCAACAUCGUAUACGUGUCCACAAACAACACGCAGUCCUGGGUUACACUGCACGAAUUCGUCAAUCCCGACAGUGCCGAAUUCAACCAUGAGCAAUACGAUUUCCUGAUUCACCAACUAGAGCUGUUCAAGGCUCUCACAUAUGGCCGGAACGACUUCGGUAUACACGUGAUCACGCGAGAGUUCGGAUACCUGACUUGGGAAGACGCCUUCCUGUGUAUCACCUCAGAUCUCCUCCCGGACUCCAUCCGUGCAAAAUACUGCGAACUUAUAAUUGGCCUGUUUGUGGACGUCGGUAACAACUACUCGGUGUUGGACAACCCGAACAUCUGCUUCAUCUACGAGUAUGUCGGCUCCAAGGACUCGGAGCGGGAACAAAGCCAGUUUGUUGUGAAGGAUCUGGUGACGAUAUUCCCGGUAUUGCGAGAUUGGCUGUCAGAGUUCCUCAACAACAACUGCAUUAUGACCGCCUCCGACAUUGGACACAACCUCCUCAUCGAACAGGUUCUUAGACUUCUGCAGCACCUAGUAAAGUUUGGUUACUACAGCGACAUUGAUGACGUAAGAACAUUACUGACGCCACUUUUGAGUCUUCUUGACGGACGCCAUGAUGUUCCCUUUCCGAAAGAUAAAGGCAAAGGCUACUCCAAGGACGGCCAGAAGUCGGUAAACAAGUAUCGAGAAUCGGGAAGAUUUGAAACCAGCAACGAAACUGAAGCCGUAGUGCGGGCGAAAUUCCAAGCGAUGGAAGUUCUCGAUCUGCUUUUGACAUUUCAGAGGAAUAUACGACUGAAGACUUUUGUUGAAAAGUUCAAAGUGUCUGAGCAGAACGCGAAUAAAAAACGCAAUCAGACGACCAUGGAACCGUUGCUGUAUGAAACCUUCAAUCCACAGACAACUACCAAGAAAGCUAUGAAGAAGCAGAGGGAGGUUUUACGAGAAUUGAAGGAGAUGUUCCACGCCUCCGCCAUCUUUGAGAUCGACAGCACAACCACUGUACUCAUGGACCUGUCCAACUACAAGUACGACAUAAUGGUGACCAAGUCCCUUGACAUUCUUAACAAACUGUACUCCUCUCAGAGCGACAUGUUUAGACUAGCUGUCGAAGCACAGAUUCUGCUGUCACAAGACUCAGCGCGCGUACACCGAGAGGUUCAACGAAGUUUGCCGGUGUUACGGAGACUGUCAAAACAGAAACUGAAUGAUCAACAGGUGCUGCUUAUGUCGGAAAUACUGGACGAGCUUGCGGAGUUUUGCCAUUUGCCAAAGAAUCCCCACGAACCACACUUCAUGAAUCAGAACAUUAUGAUUAGUCAUGGUGUUCUUGACAUUGUGCUUGAUAUCCUAUCACAGGAAAUUGAACCCAAAUUACUGGAAGAUCAGUACAGUGGUAUGAAAGUGAUCUUCAAGAAGACCUUAUACCUGCUCCAGCUACUGAUCAGAGAGAACGACAACGUCCAGUACCGUAUCUUUAACAGCCUUGACGUACUGCUGGAUGUUCAAGUGGUACCUUCCGACCUAGCACUCGCACUGAAAGAGGUCUUCAUUGCCAACCAAGCGACGUGUCUCAAAGUACACCCGCAACAAAUCAAGAAGAUAGUGCGCCUGGCCGCGGAGCAUCAGAACAACGCCUCGGAAUUUCUGGACUUGCUUAAUGUCCUUGUAAAGGUUGAAGGACUGGACUUGACCAUCAAAAGGAACCAGGCACUUGUUAUGAAGUACAUCAUGCAGAACUUCAAGAAGGCUGCAUACGUGCUUGAUCAACCUCGAGAGGCUAGAGAGAAUAUCCUGACCAACAAUGCUGACGAAGGACAUCUUGCUUACUUUGCCCACCUUGUCGAUUUGCUAGCAACCUGUGCAGAGGGCGAAAACAAGUUCAUCGAAUCCCUUUGCCAAACCAUUCUGCCCGUGGACGAGAUCCUGUGGGUGAUCAACCACCGCGACAUUGACUGUAACAUCAAGAGGCCAUUCAUCAAGUUCAUGAUGUGGGUCUACAUGAAACCUGCAGAGAACCUUAUAGAGAGCGGGGCAGCUGACCUACAACACCACAAGCAACUUUGGGACUUCAUCAGCACUGUGAUCGGAGAAAUAAACCAACUCACAGAUUGUGUCAAGAACUCUAGAGAAAAAUCCUUUGACCUGCUGAAGAUGUCGCCGUCCAAAAGCGCGGUGGCCGACACUAGUGAUACCAACACGCUUGUUCAUAGCGGCCUAUUCUACAUACUUGAGGGAGUGAUGCCUUUCCUUGAGGUAUUCUACUCGUCAUUCUUCGCAGCCGAUAAAGAUCUCUAUCCUGAUGAAAUAUUUCAAACGGACAGUCUUUCCACUGCAUUACUGGCCUUCAGCGAUAUGGUCGGAUGUCUUCUUACUGGGCCUCUUCAUAUGAAGAACCUUGUGGCCUCCAUUACAGCAGUCGUAACAGCAUCAUUUACGCCAAAAUCGAUUCUUGUUGGAGUAAUGGAGCGUUUUACUACUGAAAUGAAGGUUGGCGAUACGAAAAGUGCUGUUAGAAAGGGCAACAUGGAGUAUUAUGCCGCCGAACUGGAGCUGAACGCCAAGUUCAAUACGUUUGCCCAAAACUGUAGGCGCGUUCAUGUCGGACACAACACGGUGCAGCAACAACUAAAACAGAGGUCGAAAAACUCGAAGCGAGAAUACACUGAAAUGGGGAGCAACGAGGAGCUUCCUCUAGGAGAAGAGUUUCAGAACUUGGUAAAAUGUUUCAUCGACCCCAAAGAAAAGAAGACAAACAAGAAAUACGCAUUGACUGCAAAACUCCUUGACCAACUUGCGAUAUCAGCAAAGAAGAUACGGUUUGCAGUGUCAUCUACCCGAUCACAAGAGGAACUUGACGUGAAAUGUUUGCAGAUUCUAAGGACCGUCAUUCACAACGAAGAACGAAGGCUACCAGAUGACUGGCACAGCUGUGCAUCCGAUGUAAAGGUCAAAAAGCAGUUGGCACAUAUCAAAGAAAUCCAGACAGCCAUCAAUUACCAUGACUUUGUGAACAAGGUGUUGCCCCACCUCGCUCGGCGAAGCGACGCUAUAGCCAGGGAGACACUGGCCUUUGCCAGUAUCAUGCUCUUCAACGCAAACAGGGAAGUCCAGAAAUCACUUCUGGAGUAUUUCUUUUCUACUCGGGAAGAAGUGUUUUUCAUGGCAGUACGGGACCGGAUGCAGGUGUCAACAAACUCCAUCAAAGAAAAGCUUUUCAUGAUCAAAAAGUCCCUUAGGAAUAAUAGGCGUGCGCUACUUGCCCAACAUGAUCUACGCCGGACGGAGUUUAUGAACAACUUUGGCAGUUUCCAAACGUCCUUGACAUUGGGAAGGAAGGCACUACAGAAGAUUCAACACUACGAACUUCGGCUGAAAAAGGAGAAAAUGCAAGGCUGGAAAGCGCUGAGCAGGGCAAGGGAGCCAUUGACUGAAAAACAAAGGCGAAAGUCCAAGAAAAAGAAAAACGCCGACAAAAAGUCAAAACCCGCAACGACAAACGGCCUUUCUAAGGACUACAUAAGCGACAGAAGCAACGAGAAUUUGCUGGAGCCUGGGUCCCCUGACAAGAUGCCAGAUAAGAUCAAUGUUGACUAUAAGCCUGCCACAGGAGAAAUCGAGAUGAUUGAUAUUGCGGUCGAUGAUGAGGAGGAGGAUAGCGCUGAGAAAAUGUUUGCUGAGAUGGACGAAAGUGUUGCUGAUAUGUUGGAAUACAAGGACGACGGCUGUAUUGAACUCGUCCUUAAGGUUCUUGCAAGGAUCUGUGACGGGCAGCAUGUCGGCUUACAAAAUUACCUGCGUGAGCAACCGGACAAUGUGAAAUCGUUCAAUAUCAUCGGAGAGACCGCACAGUUCUUGAACGUUGUCUACUCCAGCAUCAACAGCCGCACUGUUGACCUAGUAAUCCAGCUCUUCAACACACUCAACGAAUUCUGCUCGGGCAAUCAGGAAAACCGAGAAGUGAUAUACAACAAAAAGGUCAUUGAUUAUAUCAACUUCAUUCUGCGUGCAGGUGAAAUAGCAGAUUGCUCACCAGAAAAGGUGUUAGAAUUGAGGGAGUCGAUAUCAUCACUCAUAAUGUCCCUCAUAGAAGAAAAUGGCCCUGCUGCUUCACAGGUAGCACAGGAGGUGACCGAUACAUUAGACAAUGAGGCGAUUUAUCGUUGUAUGACGCAGUGCCACGAAAUGCACCAGAGUGAGAAACCGAAGCUAGAAGAUAUUGUCAAAUCUGAAGCCGGUUAUAUGCAGUCUGCGAAAUCUAUGGUGUCACUCGGGGGAAGUUUGUUACAAGGAGUUGUGAAGGGUCCAAGCAAGAAUGCUCUCAAAGAGUCGCUGACAGCCGUCGGUUUCAACUUUUACCUGAUUCUAGCAAGGAUGAGUGAUAUUGAACCAAAAUUGUCAGAAAGGCUGAAUUUGAGCCAGGACCAAGUCAAGGCGUUUGAAUAUUACAAGAAGAACAGCACCUCAGUGGAGAUCGUGAAGGACGAUGUCUUGCAGAAAGUCAAUUUCAGGGUUAAGAACAAGAUUUUGAUACGUGAUGAGGUCAAAGAAAAGUUGAAAUGGAACGUAGAUCGCUCGUCUCCAAGCAACAAGAUUCGUGAGCUCAUGGACUGGACGCGUGAUAUUAUGCAGGACAUCUCUUAUCAGAGAAAGAUUCUGUUCAACCCGAUCGCAAUCAUGUUUACAAAAGGAUGGUUAUUAUGGAAUCACUUGGUGACGAUCUUGAGUUUUGCAAUCAACAUACUGAUGCUGUUCACCUGGAAUGCCAAGGCCACAGUGGAGGACUACGAACGAAUCUCGGCACUCGGGAAUGCUACAAAUGAAACGUUCGACUGGGCUUUACUGAAAGAUCCCUCGCCGGAAAUCAAACGGAUACCGUUACAGGAGUACACAAUCACCAUGUAUAUACUCAUGGGCCUACACAACCUGUUCUCGCUAUUUGUGCUCAUCAGUUACUUCCUCUCAAAUCACCCUCGAUUCCCAACAUGUGCAGAGAUCACCAAACCAUUUAGGAAUUGUCGCAACCAAGAGCAGAACAAUGACACCGAUAGCAGCAGAAACUCCGAGGAGAAGCCGUCCAAGUUGGAUGUCAAAUUCUUUAGUUUUACUACAUUCUUUUAUCUUUUGUUUCUGGCUAUGUCUGUGACUGGUACAUGGUACCACGGUUACUUCUUCGCAUUCCAUCUUCUCAAUAUUGUAAAUAACAACCAACUGCUGGGUGGUGUUAUCAAGGCUGUCACUCAAAAUGGCGUCUCUCUGCUCUGGGUAGCUAUUCUCGGCUUCAUCGUCAUCUACAUCUACUCACUCGUUGGCUUUUCACUGCUGCGGGCCUACUUUGCACCUGGGGACUACUUGUACUGCUCGACACUGUGGCAGUGCACAGUCACUGUCAUUCGGUAUGGGCUAAUAGGGGAUAUGUUUGAGGUUGUUAAACAGUCGGAAAAGGAGCGAACAUUUGAGACGUUUUGGCCAAUCGUCUUGUACCACGUGUCCUUCUUCAUAUUCAUUACAACUAUCGGUCUGAACAUUAUCUUUGGUAUCAUCGUAGACACUUUCUCAGAGUUGAGAGAUCUCAAGUGGAGAGCUGAGUCGGACAUGAAAGAUACGUGCUUUGUUUGCAGUCGCAACAGCUACGACUUUGAACAUAACGGAAAGGGCUUUGACUACCACGUCCGAAAUGAGCACAACAUGUGGUCGUAUAUAUUCUUCUUUAUCCAUUUGAACGACAUGAAAACCAGUGACUACACGGCUAUAGAGUUGUUCGUCAGUCGACUGUUAGAACAGGAAAGCUACGAUUUCUUCCCGAUGAACCGGGCCCUGUGUCUGUCCUCCAUCGACAUCGACUCAACCGGAUCAAAGAUCGAUGACCUCCUCCACCAGGUUACAUCCAUCGCGCAGAAACAGAGGGAUGACGAAAUGGAGAAGAAACGGAAAGUGGAAAAGCUUAAACAGAAGAGAUGGCAGGAAAAACACAGGCGUUUCAUAUUUGGUAUCCAUCAUAGCACGGACGAUAACGAACUAGGUGAGAGAGAACCACUGAUUCCUCAGUCCGGAUCUAGCAACGAUGAGGGCUUCUCAAACCGACAACAAUCAGGCAACAUGUUGUCCGUCUCGGAUGACUCUGAGUAUUACAAGGAAAAAAGAGGCUCCAUUUCACUGCUGCAAAUACUUGAAGGUCUUCCAGAUGAUAAAUCAUCCAGGGCUUCGUCUAAAUCUCGUAUUUUGUCUCUCUCGGAUGUAGACUCUGACGAAGAAAGUGAUUCUGAUGGAAGCACGGGACCUGCGGAAUCUUAUGACCUAAUGAAAUCGCGGGAAGCAUCGCAUGAUCGCAUAGACUCCAUACCGGAAGAGUCCAUUGUAGUGCCUGUGCCUCAAAUACCGGAAGGGGCUGAUGGUCAGAUGACGGAACUCUCUACGGAGCCCUUACCUGCUCCCCCGGAUGUUGAUGAUGCCGACUUCUUCCCGACAGUCCCCCCUAUGGAUGGGGCGGACGAUGAUGAUCAGUAUCAGUCAACUAGACUUUAAACUGUACAUACUGUUGUCCAACAACAUAGUUAUAUUAUAGGUGUUGUGAACUUAACAUGUGAAUAAAUACAUGUACAAAAUAUUGCCAAUGUUACUGCUGCUGAUAUUUUUGUUACACAUAUUUUACUUAUUUAUGUUGCUUGAACGAGUGAUGAAAAUAUUGUAGACAUUUGCCUAUUUAUAUAAUUAUGUUAUCAAAAACGUGUGCCAAUACUUAUAAAUUGCUUUUAAAACUGCUGGGUGUUUAUAACUGCUGUUUGACAUGAAAGGUGUAUGAGGUUAUGCGUUCGUUAUCAAUUUUAUUAUGUGGUAUGUUUCCUUCUCAAAAUCGCUUGAGUUUGUAUGCCUGUCACAUUCUGGGGUAUGGCUAUGCACCCAGUACUAACUAAUGAGAUGGUAUCAUUUGUGGUAUAAUUGAAGGAGGUAGAUGUUAUUCAUUGAAUGCAUGCAUGGCUUUGAUCAUGAUCAUUUCACUCAUGUUUUUAAGUUGGUUGUUGAACACGUCAUUCUGAAACUUUUUUUCUGCACAGUUUUAUGUGUUGUCAUAUAGGAAAGCAAUGGUUUUAAAUUCAAUGCAAUUUAUUAAUCCACAUUGAAAGUGUACAAUUGACAUGAUGCUUGUAUAUCUGUGUCUGUAUAAUACUAGAAAUGCAAUGUGUACGGUUGUAUCUGCUUUGGUGUUUGCUGUAAGAUAUAUUAUUGUUAUUAAGGCAUGUGCAAUAUAUUACAGUGCAAUAUGACCACUUUCAGUCAGAGUAUACUUAGAACUAGACUGAUAUACUUUUAUUUAUAUUAUACGUUGAUCACUGUUAUGUUUACCAUUCUAGAAUGAUCAGAAUAAUCCAUAUGUAGUGUUUCCGUAGAAGUAGAGACCGCAAGUAUAUUCCAUGAACAUCAUAAUUAUAAACUAAGUUUUUAGAAUUUUGUUUGUACAUGUUUAUAAAUGCCGAAUGUAUAUAUGUACCACUUUUUGUUGCAUAUUAUAAUUUACCUUAAAAUGUUAAUUUUGAAAGAACAUAAAAAAUGUGGAAAUGUA